CUUACGGGAAGCACUGAAGGCAAGUUACAGUCCUAUGAACACCGCCCACUUAAACCAAACCAAAGGCAGCAUUGAACGCAAAGAGGAUGUAGCUAAAACUAUGUAGGACUAGUUUACUUGUUUGUUAAAUUAACAAGUAACGUUAGCUUGCCAACUAACUUGCUAGUAACCUUGUAUAUAAUACAAAUAAGAUAUGUUCAUAAAGCAGGUCAAUUUAAGUUGUUUUGUUCGCGGCGGGCGUGGAUAAAUAGAGUAACGUUAGGGUUAGCGGCAGUUAUUGUUUUUGUGGCCUGCUAACUAUAACACGAUAGCAUAACGUUAGCUAAACUAACUCGCAUCACAUAUCCGAAGCGACGAGGUGAAUGGCACACCUUUCCAGCUAACUCAUAAGGCCGAGUUGUCGUUAUACAGGCAAAUUGUGGUAUUGGCCAGGGAUCAGCAAGUUGUUCCCCAGCUAUGAAAGUGUCUACUCACUGAUUGACAUCUCACAAGAAAUGGAGCUGUACUGGUACAUAGUUGUUAUUAUAUUCAUCAUUAUCAAGAUAUUCUUCUAUGUGUGCUGGUACCGAUCAAGACAGAGACAACUGGCAGCAUACUUGAGCAACCCACGCAAUGCUCAGAUAGUCAUUGUUGGAGGAAGGGCCUACCUUCAUCAGAUGUGUGAAAGACAGAGUCAAACCUCUGUCUGGCCUAGUUGGUAUGGUGUUCAAGAUGACCUGUCGAUAGAAGAGCCCUCCACAACCCUGCCACCAGCUGCAUCCUUCUCCCACUUGGACAUGCCACCACCAUAUGAGGCCGUCUCUGGAGAGGAUGAUCUGAAGCCCCCUCCCUACAGCGAGUGUGCUCAUGGCGAUGAGGCUGACGCUCCUCGUCCCACCCAUCAAGCUCCUCUCAGUUCCGAGGGAGACACCAUUAGCAUUAACGAAGCCCCACCCCCAUACACACUGUCGCCCCCUCCACAAGUCAGUCAACAAGACGUUCCUGUAAGCCACAGGGAGUCCCACUCAGAGAGCAGGUCCACCUAAUCAAUCCCUGAUGCCAUUUUGCCUUUUUUCAUGCACUGCCUUCUUACAUUCAAACUCAGUGAUUGUUACCAGCCUAACUCUCAUCACACGAGAGCAGAUGUUUAUUUGGAUGCGAGUGUGUGUGCAUGCGCGUGUGUGUGUGUGUGUGUGGUUGGAUGGUUUUUAGAUCCAAAUUGUUUUUCUACUUUGUAUUGUGUUAAAAAAAACAAGUGGUCAUCUGAUUGAGUUUGGCAAUAACAGAUGACAUCAGCAAGCCUGUGUGCCUCAAGUCAAGGCCGCAGAACCCGCUCUCAGCUAGGAUAAGAAAAAAAACCUUGACCUCGAAGCUCAAAGGUAAAUCGGUGAAAUACAGAUGAGCCAAAAGACAGAUACUUUCAAGUGUGUUCUGUUAGUUUUAUAAAGUUGUUUCCUGCUGUAUGUCCAAGGCCACUUCCUUUCACAGAUAUAAACCAAUUGACUUAUUCUACAAGCAUGAUUGGGGAACUGAGUUAUAUUUAGUUCCUGCUACUGCGAUACUUAAUAUGUGGGACGUUACGUGGUCUUUGUGUGUGCGUCUAUAGACUUUGUUCUGAAUACAGGAUCCUAAUAACAGUGCAUUAUAGCCAAUUCAUAGUGUAGACAGUCGAAUUAGAUUUUGGUGCACCUUGCUGUGAAGAUGUGCAUUUUAAAUCAAUUGGAAGUGUUUCAACUUCUGCAAACUGUUAUUACUCUCAAUGCUUCAUUAAUACCGCAUGUGUCAUUUGAAGUAUGUCAGCAGAGAACUCUUUGAUAAUAAAUGCACUAAUUGUCUUAAAUAAUUACCUCAUUAGCAUAACUGGUUAUGUUAAAUAUAUCAUGGUGAUUACACUGGGACAUUAGGCAAUUUAAGUGCCUAUCACAUCUGUGAAUGGAAGUGAGCGAGGACAAGCGAAACAAGUUGGUGAAAUAAAUGAACACGCAGAAGAGAGAUUGUUUUCUAUUGAUGAUCUCAUCUACUGCUGCGUUCUGCCUGUCGCUGCUUUACAUGAGCACCUAUAUGCCCGAAAGCAAGAAUCUGUGCAAACGGUAUAAAAAUAAAUUUCUGUGUUUUGUAAUUGGACAAAUGGUCUUCUGAAGCCCUCAACAAACAUUUUCUGUAGUUGUAGAUCCAGCUGUAAGAUAAUCAGAUUUGUUAUGAAUUGUAAUGUUGAGCUGAAGGCUUGAAUUGAGAACAAUAUCAUCAAAUGAAAACUCCUGAAAAGAAAACAAUUCUGAAAAAACAUACGCACAGGGCUGCAAGCUCAGGCUCAAAACAUUUUUGGAGCUAAAAGCUAAAAAGUCACAACUCAGUUAUUAGUUUUUUUUCAUAAUUGUUGCAAAAUGAAGACUAACCAAAAAUGUUCCUUAUGUGUCUGUUCCUUAUCAGUUUAUCUGCCACAGGCUGGUAGAGGUCAGCCGACUUUGUGUAUUUCUUGUGUUUGUAUUUUCUGUUAUAGUAUUGCUUUGGGAAAGGUUGUUACUUUGCUUUUUGGAUCACUGCAUUUUAGAAAAUAACACUGUUAAGACGAUGCUCCACUUCCUGUGUUUGUUUUUAGCAACAACGUAAUCUGUGUACAGUUUCUGAACAUUUAAGAAAAAAAAGAGAAAGGAAAAACAAAAUGAACGCUGUAUAAAUGUAUUUGGGGCCUUGGGGAAGUACAUAAAAGGAGAUAUUCGCGGAGAAUCUGCAUUUAAAAUGUUUUUUAAUGAUAAUCUUUCAUAUUGUAAUGACAAAUCGUAGAGCUUCGGUCACUGAUGCCUUUAAAGAAUCUUUCCUGUGGUUAUAAAAUCUGAAGCAUGCAACAGAGAAGCUGCAAGGUACAAAUCCGAAUGUAGCUUUGAACUCUGUUGACAUCACUAGCAUAGCAGCCGCAUGAUGACGAUUGACUACCUUAACCAUUGUCCCUUAAGGCUCCCACUUUAAUGUACGUUCUGUUCGUUAACUUCAUGUUCAUUCCCAUGGUGGUUGACAUAUCCGAUCUCUCCACUUACAGUAGUAGCUUUGCAAGUUAAGGAGAAUUGACUUUUGUGUUUUGAUUUGGGGGAAAUCCGUUUUCUGUAUUAAACUGUUGUUCAGAA